AUGGCAAGCGAACGACCUGAUAUACUUGUAGCCAUUGACUUAGGAACAACUUACACAGGCAACCCUAUUCAGAUUAUACAUAACUGGCCUGGCACCUCGACUAAGAAUGAGCAGAAAGUUCAUACUUGUCUUGUCUAUAAUGAUGACGAGAGCUUGUCAUCGUGGGGCUAUUUGUGCGAAGAUGAUGACAUGAUAGAUAAAAAGAAGCGAGAAUUCUUCAAGAUCUUUCUCGACCAGCGAACGUUGGAGGAUGCGCACCGCCGAAACAUUGGCCAGACGCCCAGCUCCGUCUGCGAUGCACAAAGAUUAGUCUCUGACUACCUACGCGAAGUUUACUCGCACGUCAAAUCAACCGUGGAGUUGCAUACUGGUAUAGGCCACGUGGGAUGGCAAGAAUUGGUUGUCGAAUUCAUCUUCAGUGUCCCGACGACGUGGAGAAGCCAGGAGAUAAUCAACUCGUUCAAGAAGUGCAUCGAAGAUGCAGGGUUUGGCAUCGAGGGACGGUACCAUACAGCCAAAGUCGAGCUGACAGAGUCUGAGGCCGCAGCCGUCGGUACCAUCAAGAACUCACCUGUGGUUUUUGAAGCAGGCAACAUUUUCUUGUCUGUCGACGCAGGAGGGGGAACUACGGACCUCGCCCUAAUGCAGAUCGUCGAGGCGCGGCAGCCGUUUCCGUUACUGUCCCAGCUGAAUCAAGUAGACGGUAUUGGGAUUGGCUCGACCUUAAUCGACCAGGCCUUCGUAGCGAUGAUAAAUAAUCGUCUCAGUCGGUUCCCUAACUUAGUAGACCAACUCCCUCCUGACUGUGCUGAGAGACUUGUCAAGAGCGAGAGAUAUCGAACAACGAAGCAUAAGUUCGGAGAGCGAGUUUACCAAUCAACUUGUUAUAAGCUCCCCUUAGACGGUGUUCCUUACAACCUUAACCACAGUGGCGCGCAGAUCGAGCUCGGUAGGAUAGUAGUCUCAUGGGAAGAGAUGCAGUCCCUCUUUGACCCGCACGUCGAAGGUAUCAUGAAAAAGAUAUACGAACAGCUAGAUUGGAUGUUAGCUAAUGGUAUUAAUCGGCCGAUAAGCUAUAUGAUUCUAUCCGGCGGACUUGGGAGCUCCAAAUACGUCCGCGAUCGCAUUCAACAUGAAAUGAUGACUAGCUUAUACCCACACGCCCAUCAAGUCAAGGUACUACAAGCCCCUGAUCCGCAACUAGUCGUUGUGAAGGGUUUAUUGUUAGACAGAUUGCAAAAUCUGGAGUCCGGACUGGUUCCGGUCAUAGUAAGUAGAGUAGCUCGAGCGAGUUACGGUCUUGUAUGCAAGACAAAGUACAAUCCAGAUAUACAUUUUGAUGAGGAUAUUAAGACGGACUCUUACGACGGAGAGCAAUAUGCCAUGGGCCAGAUCGACUGGCUUAUUAGAAAAGGCGACUCUAUAAACACGAAUGUCCCCAUCAGUACAACUUAUACGAAGAAAGUGGACCCAAAAGAUUCGAACCGCAGUUGGGAUUCGAUUGUCGUGAUCUCAGACUUAGAUCCUUACCUUUUACCACGCAGCAUUAAUCAAGAAGGGUUCAAACAGCUCUGCAUAGUAAAAAGCGACAUCACGGGGAUAAGCCACGGCGAUAUGGUUAUGAAGCGUAAGUCAAGAAGGUUCUUGUUCCAUGGCAAGAAGUUCUAUCUGUGUAGUUACGAGGUCCGGGCUAUCGUAGCCCCUGCGGAACUGAGGUUCGAGUUGUGGUUUGCCGGGCAGAAGUUCUCGGGGAACCACGAGCCCAUCAAAAUCACUUGGGAUGCCGAAGGAUCUAAAGUCGGCGGAUAA